ACUAUUUACACAUCACUUCUAAAUAUACGCACACGUACUCUUACUUUUACUCUCCUCUUUCUCUCUCAUUCUUUUACUCUGUCUUUCCCUCAUUCAUUUUAUGCUCAUCUCCGUUGAACCUUACCCAAAAACCAACACCACGACCAAAUUAUAACCUUUAUACAGUGGAAUAUUCUAUGACUUACGGCAUCUAAGAGUUUAUACCGUUCUUUUUCUGUUUGAGUUCGUUUUGUUGUUUGUGUUUUGUAUCUUCAUGGUGUUUUUUGGUGUAGUUUGUGUUUGUGUUUGAAAAAUUUACCUUGAACAAAUCAAAGAUGGACAGUUGCUUUACUCGCCAGGUAACCUCCACACAGCUCUUGACUUAAUAAGGAUUACACAGAAUCCAGAAACAUAGCAGAGAUUGUUUCUCGCGAUAUGCUUUGUAAAGACAAGAAAGAAAAAAAUGAAUAAAUGAAUAAAUAAAUGAAGAUCCAAUUAAGGUGAAAGAUAGAGAUGGCCGUCCUGAGUGAACAGGUGAGGAGUGACCAGGUGAUCAGCGCAAACACAGGACAGAUGACCAUUGUCGAUACAGAAAAGCUGAGCAGUGUGAAUAUAGAACAGGUGUGCAGCGUGGAGACUGGACAGGUGACCAGUGUGACGUCAGGACAGGCGUGCAGCGGGAAGACAAAACGUGUGUCCAGUGUGAAUAUCGUAUUGUCUUUGCUUGACCAAUGUAUUAACGUUGUUAACAUCGUGACCAACAAUGCAUCAAGCCCAAGGGACAAGAGGAAUAAAGUUCGACUGACCACUACUGCACAUUCGUCAGUAAGAGAGAAUUUCGGCAAAGACAACAAUUAGUGUUAGUUAUAACAAAUUUUAAUAAUUAAUAAUAACAAUUAUUAUUAUUAUUACUAUUAUUAUUAUCUAUUAGUAAUACUUAAUAUUGUUCUUAAAACUACAAUGGCAGUAAAGCAGAUUGACAGCAACACCUACAACUACACCGAGCUGUAUUGCUAGAUCGAUAUCAUCAUCAUCAUCAUCAUCAAUUACAACAACCACGAUGACGACGGUGACGAUGACGACGGUGUCAACGUAAACAAAAGCAAAUAAAAAAAAGCAACUAGUAAUACAAAAAUAAACAACAUCAACAACAAAAGCAUCUCUCUCUCUCUCUCUCAGACUAGCAACUAUGACCGACAUAUUUCGUUCACGCUGAACACUACUUCGAUCUGUUCAAUUGGCUGGUUGUCCGACCAGCUUUACCUGGGGCGGAUUAGUCUUACCUGGCGUAGUAGCAGCAGCAGCAGUAUCAAACGCCGUAGUAGUAGUAGUAGUAGUAGUAGUAGUUAAACACGAAACUAGAGGCACACGUACCACUACCACCACCACCAAAAUCACCACACCAACAACACCGCCACCCCGCGGUGCACGCGACGUUUAACCACAGCAACAACAGAUACUAUCACCACCACCACCGCCAUCACCGCCACCACCACUACCACUACCGCCACAACAACAACAACAACAACUGCUAAAUUUCUUGAUAACUGACUGCCGCCUGGGGAGGGGAAGAGGACGACAGUGAGGCAGGAGACCUGGAGAGAAAGGAGGAACGAAGAUUAGUGCUACUACUGGAAACUAUUAGCUAUAACUACUACUGCUGAUACUACUACUACUACAACCACUAUUACUACAGCUACUACUACUACUAAGAAGAAGAAGGCGUCGACGGUUUACGUACAAAAGUUAUAGUAAGAGUGAUCGUGGCUAUAGUGGUAGGACUCACAAAAGUAGUGACAGUUGGUGAGUGUAAGUGGGAGACGAAACUUAACGGAGUGGAGUAGGGGUAACAUAACACGACAGUAGUGCCCCCUCACAUUUUAGGAGAACGAAGGCCCUGCCAGGCGAUUAAGUAUCACCGGUUGCUACUUUUCCCCGGGCAGGGCCCAAAUGCAACCCUACAGACACGAAUAAAGGACUAUAUAUAAAGCAUACAUUUACAGAUUGUAUGUGCAUAUAUAUAUAUAUAUAUAUAUAUAUAUAUAUAAAUGCAAACCUGUGUUUGAGAGAGGAAGAAAAGAAGGAAAACACGAAUGCUAAAAGGAAUUAAUGUUUGACUUUAGCUACCCGCAAAGAGAAACUAUUUGAUAUUAAACAAAGUUGAACGGUACACGAAAAAUAACGACUGUCAUAAUAAUUAUUAUUUCACGUAUUUAUUGAACAUGGACAUAUAAAGAAAGCGAAAUUACUUUCCAUCAAGCUGGAUCGUUUACAAAUAAUUUAUUUAAGGUCGUAAUCAAGGAAAUCUAUUUGGAAAAAAAAAGCUAACAAUAACAGGAAACCCCCUCGUAUGUGUGUGUGUAAAUAAUAUGUAUUAUAUUAUACAAAUACGAAUUGAUUUAAAAAACAAAUACACACAACAAACUAAAGAAGUCUCAAAGAAGUUGUGUCUCUAAAACACACAGCGGAACGUACGUAUAUUACUGAACGUAAAUAUAUAUAUAUAACCUUUGCUUUUUCGGCGAAUCACGGAAGUUUCUUCAUAUAUAUAUAUAUAAAAUGUAGCAAAAUCAGAUAUAUAUGUAUACAACCUGUUGGAACGAAAUAAUGUCAAAAAAAUAUAUAUACUAUAUGUACGUGUAUGUACAUAUAUGUUUGAGUGUAUAUAUGUGAGUUUAUAUAUAAUGUAAUAUAAUGAUUUGGUGGUCUGAAGCGAGCGAAAGGAUGCAAUGCCCACAGAUUUACCUCUUGCUAAAAACAUUCUAUUUUAUUGGAUUAUUGCAUUUUAUACGGUGCAAUACACACGAUCGAAGAUAUCAAAUAAUUGCUCCUCGCACAUACACAGCCUUCUCCGGAAAACUGAUGCUGAACUACACUAUACCUCACGAUGAAUGUUUGAGCAAUGCUUACAUCGCUCUUUUGGCUAUAGAAAAAACGGGAGAGAGUGAAAUCCAAACCUUGAGUGUUGGCUGCAACUCUAGAAGUCAAGAAAUCGCCUGUGGAGUAGUGGUCAGCGCCGGUCGCUAUGUUUAUCGCAUCUACUCACAAAGACAUGGUAAAGUGUUGGACGAGUUUUACUUUCAUGUUCUAUGGCCGAAGACCGUUUUAGAACUUCCUCCCAAACAAAAAGCUUUUGAAAACAACAUAACUGUAUCAAUCGAUUCUAAAGCUGUUUGUAAAUCACGGAUUCUUACGCACAGUUUACAUAUAGACUUGAUAUUUUGGGGUGAAGUACCGAAGUCUAAAUUUAUCAAGAACAUAAAGCCAGUGCGAAUCACCAGUUUAGAAAUCGAUGAUAUAUCUUUGAAGACAAAUUAUGAGUUUCCUUGUAAUAAAACCGAACUUCCUGGGAAAUACCACGCCGAAUUACGGUCUUCAAAACGGAAAGGAUAUGCUCCUGAUCAGAUAAUCGCUAAAAGUUCUAAUAUGAGUGUAACAUGGAGUGAUAAUUAUAAUCUUAAUAUAGUGGAUCGACAAAGUUUGAAAUAUUACGAAAGUGUUUCCAUAGAAUUUCAACAACCAGCAUGUUCUAUGCUAACGGACAGAAUACGUAUGUAUGCGAUGCAUCGGAAAGUAUCUGGUUCCCUAGCUUCGCCUCUGGAGGCCAAAUACUGCGCCGAAAGAUUCGCCUUCAGGAAUAUAAGUGUCGUUUAUUUUAAUUGUAGUCUUUUCGAUAUAUUCGAGAAGGUUGUAGGUUUCUGUUUCGUCUACGAAACUAUGACUUCGAAAGGAGCUGUAAGGGAACAGACGAAACUUUGUGUGUCGGCAAAGGACAACGCAGACGGUAACUGGAACAAGUGGUCUUCAUGGGCUACAUGUACCACCACAUGUGGUCGUGGGAAACAGAAUCGGUUUCGGCUCUGUAAUCAACCUCCUCCAUCAAAAGGAGGGCGUUUCUGUGUUGGAGAACCUGUAGAAUGGAAAGAUUGCUUCGUAAAUUGCACCAGUAAGUUGUUGUUGUUGUUCGUGUGUUUUUGCUUUCUUUGUUGUUUUGAAGGAAUUCCCGACUCGGUGACCUCUUCGUCGAAUGACAUGCGCGUUGAAUUCAAAACAUCAUCAUCACGCGAUUCAUCGUCUUCUCGAGAGAUACAGCAACAACUGACCGACGAUGGCAGAUUUGGACAGUCUUACCUCUACGGUUUUGUGGCUAACUACACAAUAUCAGCUAUCAAUACAUCUGCUGCCGCCGCCCUUGUUCCGCGUUCAUUGAUGGUAAAAGAACCCGAAUGGGAAAAUACUAUUGUUGCUGUUGGCAUCAUCAUCUGCGUUAUGACCCUGGUCGCAAGCGUUGGCUGUGGCAUCUACCAUCGUUUCUACGGCCAACAAUGGCAUAAAUACACCGUCGCCUCACAAGGGGAUAACAGCCCGUAUCACGUCAAAAGCAGUGCUCCCAGUAGCCCGACCAGUGCUGCCGGAAACGCUACCAUUGAACAUGAUAUGGAAGCUCCGCUCACACAAUCAGUAAGCACCAAGCGCAAAAAGCAAGACAGCGGCACACCAGUGCUCGCUUCGCCACACACGUCAGUGUCCAGCGCUUCAAGCCUUUUGGGGCACUCGCGGAAAAUAGAAACCAAAGCCGAAGUACUGUCACCGGCUAAUCUAUCUAGCCCCUACACAACACAUCCUAAAGACCACGGUCCCACUAGCCUUAAUUCGAGCCCGUCAUCAAAAACUCGCUCACCUAAAGUCCAUCCAGUGGAUUACAAGGGCAAAAGAAAAGGUUCCUCUACCGACAAAGGCUCGAAUCUCGAUUUAGGCGAACGCAUCGUACCCGGUUCGUCAGGGACGCCAUCUUCUUCGCAGGCUAACAGCAACAUGCCACUAGUGAAAUCCCCCGCCAGUAUCACCGAUACCUCAUCAACUAAAUCAACAAAAAGUGAUAUGGAUAAAGUACAAAAAAGAGAUAAAUCAAAACACUUCCGGCUUCCUACGCCGAAAGGAAGUAAUAGAAACUCUGACGGUAUUCCGUUAAUGACUCUACAGGAGAAGUCAGAUUAUGAUCUCAAGACUUUAUCCCGAAGUAGCAGUCGGGAAGAUUCCAUGCACUCGGGUAAAAAUACCACAACGGCAUUUGUCGGUGGUGACAGUAAGCCGAAACGGCCAACUAGCCUCGUGAAAGAGGACCAUAGCUUACCUUUCAAAAAAGCCUCGCCAAUGGCGGCUAAAAAGAAACCUCCAUUGGAUUAUAGUCCAAGACUGCUUGAUUCGCAACGUAAUUCAAAACCAGACGGACAAAGUCCAGAACUUUUAAGAGGGGAUAAAACCCCAAGAAGUAUGACUCCUCUGAGUGUUAGAAGCUUAAAAACUCUUUCUCCGACUCGUAGUAUACUAACUUCAUCGGAUGCGACAUCAGAGGGCUGUGAACUGGAAUAUGAUGACUUUAUAAUGGAUGAUCCUUUCUCUUACUUUGAUACAGAAGACACUCUCAAGCUUCGAUGGCAGGGUACAGAAAAGAUAGGAACGUUAAAACCAUCGGAUUCUACCCUGACGUUUGAUUAAAUUUAUUGUCCCACUGUCCAAA